AUGUCUUCUCACAAGACUUUCCCAAUCAAGCAAUUCCUGGCCAAGAAACAAAAGCAAAAUCCUCCUGUUCCUCUAUGGACUCAGAUGAAAACUGUUAACAAAAUCAGGUACAACUCCAAGAGAAGACACUGGAGAACAAAGAUGCUACUGUAA